AUGAAGCCGAAAGUAAGGAUUAUAGAUCCGGAGGAAUUCCCCAGCGAUACAGACGAGAACUUGGAGAUCGUACCGCUGACUCCCCGAGACUCCGCGGAAACGACCGAGUCCUUUCAUACGCACGCCACAUCUUCGUACUUGCACUUCUUUCGAUCUGAUCAGCUACCUUCCGCUCGGUCGCAUCGCUCCGAAACACCACUUUGUCCUACGUCUGAACAGCGGCAUAGCGUGCUCCUGGACGAAGAAGAAGACGGAGAAUACGAGGAUUUGGACGACAUAAGUCCCAGUCCCAGGAAAUAUGUCCCCACUCAGUACAUGCUCAGUGAACCCCCUCGCCACAGAACCCCAGCUUCCUGUCGCUCGCUUUCUUCUGUAUCUUCCGCAUGCUCAGUAGAAUCCUCCCGCCUUUCUAUUUUAUCUUCCGCCUCUCAUCUUUUCGGAGAAAGUAUUGUCAAUUUUGACCAACGCGAUAUUGAGACAGGCAGCGUCGCUUCGAGCUACGUUUUGUCUCCAGGGCGCACGGUGAUUUCACCCACAUCCCGUGGUGCCGACAGAAAUAUAAUUUGGUGGAGAGAAAUGUCCGACAACCUGAUUACGAUCGCUCGUGGCCUUCGUGAGGAUCUUCCCCACCUCAUCGAAAGCGUCUGGCCCCGACAUCAUCAAACACGCCUUCCGCUCUCACCGCGUUCUCGAAAUCUGGCCGACAUUAACUUUUUAACUUCCCAACAUAAAUCCAAGGUGCAGGCGUUGGUCUUUCCGGAGGAAGAAUAUUUUGACUUUUGCCUGGUUUUAAAGCCACAGGAAACGUACGCCUUCUGGGCAUCACUGUUGGACUUUCGGGUCGAGAUCUUGGGUCAGGAAAGGGUCGAUCAAAUGAACGAAGCAUUGGAAUCUUCUUCGACUAAUAAUACUCGGUCCAACACUCCUUCUAGUGAUCGUCCAUCAACGCCUCGAUCUUAUUCUGACGAUGGAUCUGAAGCCAGGGAUGUUGUCGACUCGGUGAUUGCCACACCGCCGACUACGGGAAUGCAUCGUCGACGAGCCAAUGUGACGGGUAAGUCACAAACUACCCCCGGACAAAGUACCAGUGGUUCUCCUAUGCCUACACCUUACGAAUCGGCUACCAUGACACGAUCCAAGAUGUCUAUGGUCUCCCCUGGUCUCUAUAGUGUCGCUGAUUCCAGUCGUGUCAGUCAAGGCAUGACAAGGCUUUCCAUGUUUGAACGUGCCAUUCACAACGGUUCGUCUACCGCUUUUACCCCUGAGUCAUGUCUGCGGCGCUCCAGCACAGUCGCCCUGGAUAAUGCGUUGGUGGAGAGCGCUACGCCCAAUACCGUACAUCGCCGUCGCUGGGGAAAUCAUACAGCGUCGCAGACACCGAACAUGAUGUCGCCUCCAAUCCGUAGCUUGACGCGAGGAAGUAGCACAGUACGCCGAUCGACCACAAUACGUUCAACUGCCUUUCCGUCCAGUGGCAACGGUACAGAAAUCACACUUGGGGUUGCUGAGAAAACGAGUCCACGUACUGUCAACGAGAUUCGCAUAGAAGACAUUCCCAACCAAGUGAUUCCUCGAGGCAUUGCGGCUCAUACCAAUGGGAUGCUUCACUUUCUUAGUGCUCUCAAACGAGGCAUCGUAGUCCGCCGUCACCGACCCGGGAAGGAAGCCGUCUUCAGCAAGAUUGUAUCUAGCGAUGGAGGAGAUACCAUUCAGUACAUAUUUGUCGAGAAGGAAGACGGCAUGAACGCUUUCAAGGAACAACGGGUCCGUUACAACAACGUCUCAGCAGACGAAGUGGAAAAUACUCAGCCCUGGAGCUAUGAGCAGCACAGUUUAGAGUCGGACACUACCAGACCAAAUCACGAUUUUUCAGUGCCUGAUUACGUUGCCGCUAAACAAUACCGUGAAAAGAUGAGGCGCGAAGAAGGUCUGAGGAAGAACGUCAAAACUCUGGCAACCAAAGUUGUGCGAAGCGGGGCGGCCAAGGCUGCGGAUAUAAUUGCGGUUCAUCCUGGCCAGCACGAAGAUCCUCGGUCGUCUGAGAGGAACCUUGGUAGCACAAGUUUACGUCGGUCGAACUGCUCGUUCUCUGCUCCACACACGUUUUCACUGGUCCUUCGAACUUCCCAGUCUUUCGGACGUAAUCGCGAAAUGUCGCUUGACGAAUGGGAGCAGAAAUGGUAUAGUGGUGAAGGAAAUGAGUCGUUGUUCCGGUAUGUUGAUAUUGAGGCCGCAACCAAAGGUGAAUAUUGGUUACUCUUUCGUGGCUUCUUGCUUCUUCAUCGUGAUGCCGCCGUUGGGCGCUUCGCCGAGCAACGUGCAGCAGGUAUAGGUUCCCACUACAGUCGACUCGAGGUCGAACAACGUGAACAGGCUGAUUUGGAAGCGCAUAAUCGAUUGCAUCGAGACGAAUUCCACGAGCCGGUGACGGUAGGGUGUCUCGAGAAGCUGAUUGUGAAGUGGCGACAGCUAGAUACGACAUAUAUGGAGGGGUUUACUAUGGCAGGAGCCUUGCCACCGCCUUCCGACUAUUUUCUGGGAUUCAAAUCGGCCGGUACCUCGAUCUGGAGUCGACUUCGGCAGGCUGGUUUGGAGACUCAACGGGUGUAUUCGCUCGACCCGCGACGAGUCCUGAUCAAAGUGCGAUGUCCUUCAGAUCGUCUCAUGGACGUGGCCGAGGUCCUCAAAUUGAAACUUCGAUCCAGUGAGGGAGGGUUUGCGCCGUUUAGGGAAGAUAUGAUGGACAUGUUUAAAUCAACUGAUGACUUGACGGAAACGCCACACAUAGACAACGUCCAUUCAUUUCAUUUCCGGUCCUCGAUUCGGCAAUCAAUAAUUGACUUUAUUAUUUCUUCGCGCAUUCGAGAUUCGGGUGCUGAGUUGGGCCAGACAACAGAUGUUGGUAAGAUGAUCCAAUCACGGGUACCAUUGCACAUGCGAGCCAAAGUCAAUAGUAUAUAUCAAACGUGGACGCACUUUUGGAAGGAAGAAAAUUGGACUGGGCGCGAUGGAUGCAGUCUAUCUCAUGAAAGCUUUUCAGACACUUCGAAAGGUGUAGAGCACGAUCGCUUUUCCUUUGUCUCUAAAUCGACCUGUGAUACGGAAAGUGGCGACUCUAGCGAGGCAGCGGUUCCGCAUCUUUUCGUCCGUAUCUUCAAAGGCUGUUUCUACCAGCCGCUCGAUUCGAUUGAGCAGUAUUUUGGCGAAAAGGUUGCAUUUUAUUUCGCUUGGCUACAGCAUACAGCCGGUCAUCUUGUCUGGCUGUCGAUAUUCGGGUUCAUCAUGUUCCUUCUGCAAGUCGGAAGUGGUAGCUGGGAUCACCCAUUGCGACCGUUCUACUCUGUUAUGGUCAUGAUAUGGACUUUCACAGUGUUGAUCAAUUGGAAGAAGCGAGCCAACUACCUGGCAUACCGAUGGGGUACUCUAGAUUACAAGGAACAAGAGACAACGCGCCCGGAAUUCAAAGGUGACUAUAUGAGAGACGAAGUGACAGGCGAGUGGGUAGUCACGUAUCCGAAAUGGAAACGCUGGGUCAAAUACUCUAUUUCUUUUCCUUUGACUCUUCUCUUUACUGCCGGCUCGUUAGUCUUGAUCCUUUGGGUGCAUGCCAAUCGCGAUCUCACGUUGGCCCGCUAUCUUGAUCAAAAGGCGAAUCCUGGCUCCGAGAAAUUCCAGUUCAAUUUCGCAAUUAGUGCUAUUGGAAAGGAGGCCGCGAUUACUGAUGUUCAGCUAAGCAGAGAGCAUAUUUUGGAUCCUACCUUCUGGUUUAUAACGAUUGGAAUGCCAGCAUUGCUUGGAUUGUGUCAGCCUCUGCUUAAUCUUCUUCUGAUGAAACUAUCGCUGAUGUUGAAUGACUUUGAAAACUAUCGCACAGAAUCCGAGUACAGAACUUAUCUGAUUAUCAAGGUCAUCUCGUUUCGCUUUGUCUGCUACUUUGCCCAUUUGUACUACUAUGCAUUUGUUUCAGUUGGCUCAACUCAAGCGAUUGAAAAUGGAAUUCUUCGUGUGGGAACGGGAGUCUUUGUCUACACUACAGUUGCUCAUUGGUGGCAAAUCUUUCUACAAAUAUAUUUCCCGAUAUUAAUUCGCAAGCUUCGCAUGUACUACCGCGAUAAGCGCCUUUGCGAAGAACUCCGUGAUCUUGAACUCGACGAAGAGGAGGUUAGGGAAAUGGCUUCUCGUGGACUACGUGUCAACUUGAAAGAACGACAGGUUCGCCUGGUAAAUAAACGGUUAUUGGUAGAACAGGCGCAAGACGACAUUUGGUUGGAGGUCAUGCUGCCCGAGCACAACAGUUUUCCCGAGUACAUCCAAGCUGUUGUCCUUUUUACGUACGUCUCUUGUUUCAGUGCCGUGCUACCUAUCACACCUUUGAUUGUACUCUUUAACUACCUGGUGAGUAUGCGGCUUGAUGCUUUCAAAGUAUGCAAAGGACGACGUAGGCCGUUGGCAGAGAAGACUGGGGGAAUAGGCAUUUGGGAACACGUGCUUCAUAUUGUUGCGGUUAUUUCUGUCUUAACAAACUGCUGGAUGAUGGGCUUUACAAACGCGUUGUUCGUCAAAAUUGGGGAGAGUAUUGGAGAAGUGGGACUGUUUGCGAUCAUUGUCGUUUGGGAACACGUCAUGCUUCUUAUCAAAUACGUCAUGGAAACCUCGAUAUCUCCUCUUCCCAAAAUAGUCAAGGACGCGAUCAAGCGCGAACAGUUCGAGCUGGACCAACAGCGUAACACGUCCAUGCGCCUACGACAAGGUCGCCGCUCUCAACACGAUCGAGAAAGUGUCGGAGAAGAUCGUACACAAGGUGUUUGGCGCAAUGUCCCUUCUAUAGGACGGGCUUCUGCUUUACAUCCCAUUCACUCUGAAGAUCAGGAAAGUGUGCGCUCGGUUUCAAGAGCAUUAAGUCGGGCCCCUACACUUGAUUUGGGUGAAUCCUCGAUUGAACAGUCAAUGAUCGAUUCCGUGCGUACACCAAAAGUAGGGAAAAGCGACGUUGAGCAAGGUUUGGAGAAGACUUUGUUCAGCGCCUAGAAAUCGUAUAUU